AAGCUUUUGGGGUAUGUCGAUGCACGGACAUCGACGAUCGCGCGGCGCGGGCGCCGGGAGGAGGACAGCGGCGCGGGGUAGCGGAUGGACACCGGCUUCGUCACUUCGUGCAGCAACGCCGCCCGCUACACUUACUUGUUUAUCUUGUUUUACCUUUUUUAUAAACUUACCAAAUACUACAGUCCACUCUUUUAUUUUAUACAUCACCGGUCUACCCCAGAGCAGUUCGAAACAUGGUCCUUUAGUUUUGUCAGCUUAAAACUCACCGGAAUAAAACCUGUACAACAAACUGUCGGCGUUGGUUGGCCAUUUAAAAACGAACGGACGUUUUACUGUUCACUACGUUGAAGCUGCAAGGAGUCGUGAAUAUUGGACUUCGGAAUAUUGGACGGAUUGCAUACCUGAGUGAGUUCGUUCCAAUCAGACAACCUUUAUUCCCUCAUAUUUUUGCCGUUUAGCGCAUUCAAUUUUUUACCUAAUUUUCGCCUCAAUUUGCCAAAAUAAAAACUACCCUCAUCUUACAAUCAAAAUUCAUUCUUAUUCUUUAAUUCUUAUUUCAUUAUUCUUAUUAUUUCUGUUUAUUUUGCUUAUUAUAAUACAUUAUGAGCCAACAUUCUGAGGAUUUAGAUACUCUUAUUAAGCGACGAGGUGCAAUUAAAGCCAAACUUACUAUUUUCAGAAAUUAUAUUAAACCUCUUACUAGUUUUUCUAGCUUGACCGACUUGCAACGUUUUGAGUUGGAAGGACGUUAUGAGCGUAUUCAGUGUUUAUACAACGACUUCGACAAGUUACAGACGGAGAUCGAGACGUUGUUGGACGCACCCGAUGACGACUUUAAAUCCCGGUGUGAGUUCGAGGACCAAUACCAUCCUACGGUGGCACUGGCGCGAAGCCUGCUUUCAGCAACUACCAACUCAGAAGGUUCAGGUAGGGUACACACAAAUGUUCGAUUGCCCAAAAUUGAUUUGCCACAUUUUGAUGGUAGCGUUCAGGGUUGGCUCGAAUUCAAAGAUACCUACAUUUCCCUCAUCCAUAAUAAUAAAUGUAAUGAUGAUAUUAUGAGAUUUCAUUACCUUCGGUCCUGUUUACGCGGCAGCGCGGCUUUAGUUAUUAAAAAUAUAGAUUUUACCAGUGAAAAUUACAAUAACGCUUGGGACUUGCUAUGUCAGCGGUACGACAAGGACCAGCUGUUAAUACACAACCACGUUCAAGCGUUGUUUAGUGUUGCACCGUGCUCCAAAGAGUCCAGUAAAAGCUUGCGCUACCUUAUUGAUGUCACAAAUAAAAAUAUUAGGGCAUUAAAAACUUUAAAGCAGCCAACUGAACAUUGGGACACAUUAAUCAUCUUUAUGAUCUCACAGAAACUAGACAGCAGCACAAGCCGAUACUGGGAGGAGCAUCGUAACAAACUUUCAGAGCCCCCUACUUUAAAUCAAUAUAUUUUUUUUAUUGAAAAUCAAAUUAACCUGCUUGAAAAAAUAGAAGAAAAUAGUAAAAUCAACCUUAAAUCUAAAGAAACAAAUAACAAUAAUUACAAUAAAAAAUCUACAAAUUACAUCAUACAAUCUAAUAGCAAUCAAAUUCAAUCAAAUCAUUCGAAAUGUCCAUUAUGUAAUGAAAAUCACUUGCUUUACACCUGUGAAACAUUCAGGAGCUUACCUACUGAGGUGCGCAUUGAAAAGGCAAAGAAUUUUAAAGUUUGUAUGAAUUGCUUACGCUUAGGUCAUACUGAUAGAACGUGCAAGCUAUCCCAUUGCAAGUACUGCAAAGCACGACACAAUACCCUUUUACAUUCAGAGCCUGAGCGUAGCGCAGCGUCAAACCCCAUGCCAGGCGCUGAUAAUGUUGCUUUUUCAGCCAAUUUUGAACACAGUAAUACAGCUUCUUUUAUAUUGCUUUCCACAGCUAUGGUGAGAGUGCGUGGUGCCGAUGGCACUAAGCACCCCGCCCGAGUUUUGCUGGACAACGGUAGUACCGCCAACUUUGUCACAGACGCCUUUUCAUCCAAGCUUGGGCUGUCACGACACGGUACUAGCUCCACUACAAUCACAGAUUACCGACGGCAACAUCACGCGCUUGGAGCGCUACCAACGAGUGGAACUCAUCAGGCAGCAUUUUUGGAAGCGCUUUAUUAAUGAAUACAUUUCUCUGCUGCAGCAGAAAUCUAAAUGGUCCACCUCUACAGGGAGCUUGAUACCAGGGACGCUAGUCCUUGUGAAGGACAGGACGCUACCGGCUCUGUUGUGGCCUUUGGGCCGCAUUACCAAGACGUAUCCGGGCAGCGACGGCAUCACACGGGUCGCAGAGGUCAAGACGAGGACGGGGACCGUGGUGCGAGGCUUCAACUCCAUCUGCCCCCUCCCUCUUCAUUGAAGUACCCAUAUAUACUUCAACCCGGGCAGUCUGUCGAUGCACGGACAUCGACGAUCGCGCGGCGCGGGCGCCGGGAGGAGGACAGCGGCGCGGGGUAGCGGAUGGACACCGGCUUCGUCACUUCGUGCAGCAACGCCGCCCGCUACACUUACUUGUUUAUCUUGUUUUACCUUUUUUAUAAACUUACCAAAUACUACA